AUGAGUGGAGCUGUAUCAGGUGUGGCAAAGAGGAUACAAGAGGUAGCUCCUUCGGCCGUCUAUGUGCAUUGCUAUGCACAUCGACUUAAUCUAGUCAUCGUUGAUACCUGCAAGACGGUCAAGGAAGCUGCUAACUUCUUCGCCCUGCUUCAACAGCUGUAUGUCUUUGUGUCUGGGUCCAACGUUCACCAGAGAUGGCUCCAAAUACAGGCAGCGAUGUUCCCUGGAGAGCAGCCUCGCGAGCUAAAGAGACUUAGCGACAGCCGAUGGGCAUGCAGAGCUGAUGCCUGUGUCGUUGUGAAGACACGGCUAAAAGCGAUUCUCCGGUUGCUGCAUCGCAUCUCUGAGGAUGACGAUGGAGAGCGUGCUGUCGAAGCUACAGGUCUCCUUGCACAAAUGGAUGAGCGGUUUGCGGCACGACUUGUGUUGAUGAGCACACUACUGCAGAAGACCAAAUCGUUGUCCACCAUGCUGCAGCAAGACGAUGUGGACCUGUCUGCAGCUAGCAACUUAGCUGCAGUCAUCAUUGAUGAGCUCCAGGACAUGCGGUCCAAUGACGACACCUUUUGUGAGAUCUGGCAGGAGGUGGAUGGAGUCGUAAAUGAUUGCCGGGAUGACCUCGCGCCCACCAGACGGAGACGAGCUCCUCGACCUUCAACACGCUUGGAAGGCUACCAUGUGCUGGAAGCCACUGGUCAGCAGGAGCAGGCAGCCCCUGAAGUGGACUUCAAAGUUAACUUCAUGUUCCCGGUGCUGGACAGGAUGUUGCAGGAAAUGAGAGGGAGGUUUAGCGACCAAAACUGCAGGCUGAUGAAGGGUAUAGAUGCCCUGACACCAUCCAGUGAAAACUUUCUGUCCCCUGAGAACCUGAAGGCUCUACAGGAAACAUAUGGGGCAGAUCAGGAAGACCUGAGGCAUGAGCUCCAUCAAGUAAAGAGGCUGAUAGAGAGAAAGGCCUCUAAAGAAGAAGCAGUACCAAAGAGCAUGCAGGGUCUUGUCAAUUUUUUGGAGCCCUACAAGGAUGCCUUCUUUGAGCUAUAUCGACUUUCGAAAAUCGCAGCGAUCAUUCCAGUUACAUCAGCCUCAUGUGAGAGAAGCUUCUCCGCAAUGAAGCUAAUCAAGACAUAUCUUAGGAACUCCAUGGGGAAUGAACGCCUGAGCGACCUUGGCAUGUUGUCCAUUGAAAAGCUGAACAUGGAUGAGUUCGUUGACAAGUUUGCAGCAUCCCAUAAGAACAGAAGGAUCAAAUUUAAACUUGUGUAG